AUGGAUGUGAUCAACAUACAAACCCCCAGCAUCAGAGUCGCCAUCAAUGAAUCUGUAUGUAGAGAGAAUGAACGUAGUGCCAAAAUGGAGGUGUACCAAUUUCAUCAACCUUUUGGAUUAGGCGCUGCCUCCAUUCCGAGUGCCCACGCUACCGAUCCCGAUUCCAUUUGCCCUGUACAAAGUAUCCUCUGUGUCGAGUGCCGAUCUGAUAGAGAGCCCUACUGUCAAGAUCCCUUUAAUCGGACACUCCUCCAUUUCAACGAAAUUCCCUACAAAAUGUGCAAUGGUUACUGCGUUAAGUGGAUUCGAGCCCCACUAAACAAUGAUGAUGUAAGUCACGGUGAUCUCUACAUACGAACGUGUUCAAGUAACCUUAAUGUUCGGUUCCAAAUCUCUCCGGUGUGUUUCCAGGAAUCGUACACCACGAAUCGACGUUUGUGUUUCUGCAAUCGUCCCAAAUGCAAUUCUGCUCUCGCCUCCAACUCGGCUCUUAUGUUCAUAAGUCUCCUCCCUCUUUUAGUCACACUUGUCCCUUGCUAG